CGCGAACGACUUUCGCGAACUUAUUGUGCUUAGGCCUUUAAUUACGUAUUUGAAAACUCUUCUGCCGGAUUGUCACAAUUGUCACUAAUUCACUAGAACUCAUCGGUAGAUUUUAUAAUAGAAUUACAAGAGUUAAUAAUUACACGCGAUUAAUAGAAUUACAAGAAUAAAAACACUUGAAUAUUAAAAAACGUUAGACAUAUCAAAGCAAAGUGUCAGCGAUCUACUGAGAAAUCGGUAGUGGUGGCGCUGCUUCCACUGUGAAACGCACUCUGCAGGAAUUUUUUGUAACUACUGAAAGAAGGUCACUUCUAAUAUUCAAAUUCCACCAAUCAGCGUUGCUUUCGCGCAUGGAGGGUGUGAAGCCGAUAAUCACGUUUCCUGACAAAAGUCUGUUACCGACAGUGGGUAACGUUAUUUCUGUAAAACAGUUGGUUUAAUUUCCUAGUCGCAAGGGGACAUUUAAACAAUAGAACAACAAUUUCAAAUCGCUAUAUCGAGUAGCAGGUAGUUUUAAUUGUUAUCCAUUUGUUUUUAGUUGUAAAAUAAAAGGAAAUUUCUACAUCCGCGAGUGAGUGUAGUGAGUGCUUUUUACAUAACCUAAAAUCGAAUGUAGAGUGCGGUAAAAUCGGAAGUGCUCGUAAAUGUUUUAAAUCCCAAUCGGAUGUUGUUAUUAAAAGUUUCUUUUGCACAAUAAAAUUAACACGAAAUUCGGGAGUGUACGUUUAAAAUCGCGAGUGGGUGUUUUUUUACGAUUGUAGCUAAAAGGUGGAUAUUAAGUAUAAGCUAAGAAUGACUACUAUUGGACAGCUGACAUUUGCGCCAACAGGCCAACACACUUGUGUCGAGAGUGUAUAUGUAAUUUCACGCGUUAAAUCCUGAGAAGAUGAUUCGUGAUUAUGUUCUGCUGUUAUCAUGGUUAUGCACAGUGCAAGGCGAGACUGGAUACUUCUGGCACAUUAGUGACAUUCACUAUGAUCCCAAAUAUUCCCUCCAGGGCAAUACAGAAAAUAGUUGUUUGAAGAUGAGAAAUAAUAUGGAUAGAGAGCACACGCGGUUAUAUAGAAAGAUCGCUGGCACAUUUGGUAGCUAUGGUUGUGAUUCGCCUUGGGCACUGAUAGAAUCUGCAGCGCAAGCUAUGAGAGAGAAGCACGGAAAAGGAAUCGAAUUUGUUCUGUGGACAGGAGAUGCUUUAUCGCAUGCAGCGGGAAUGAGCGAGGAAUUGCGCUUACAAAGUCUCAAGAAUUUGACGGAUCUUCUGUCUCACACUUUCACUGAGCAAUUUGUGUUCCCCGUUCUGGGACACGAAGAUCUUGGUUUGAAUUUCACACAGCUUGCGAAUCUUUGGAAGCAUUGGCUUCCACAAGAAGCACUCAGCACCUUCAAGAAUACUGGAUUCUACACGAUCGAGCAGUGGAAGGAGAAUUACCGGCUCAUUUUUCUCAAUACAAAUUUAUGGUUGAAUGUCGGUUCUGUGAUCGAUAAUCGUGUACCACAACGUUCUACUAACACUGCUGCUACUGACAAUUCGAGUGACCCCCUCGGCCAAUGGGAAUGGUUCCAAUCCAUUCUGGAGGCAGCCCGGAAGAAACGAGAAACCGUAUAUAUCGUUGGCCAUUCUCCACCUGGAGUCGAUGAAAGAGAACACGGUGCUGGUGGUUUAAAGGAAAAACACAACACUAGAUAUUUGCAACUUGUUCGUCAAUAUGCCGAUAUUAUUCGUGGACAGUUUUUCGGACACUGGCAUUCAGAUACAUUUCGAGUCAUCUACAGUGACACAGGCUCACCAGUAUCGUGGAUUAUGAUGGCUCCAAGCAUCACUCCAUAUCGAGCUGGAGGACCAAAUAAUCCUGGACUUAGGCUUUACCAGUUUGAAAAGAAAUCAGGCCAGGUAAUAGAUUACAAACAGUAUUAUUUGAAUUUACCCGAAGCCAACUCAAUCAGAAGUGCUUACUGGAAUAUCGAAUACUCAUUGCUCAAGCAUUAUGAGCUUAAGGAGAUAUCUGCCUUAACUCUUCACGAUUUGGCGGACAGAUUUACGCAGUCCAAUGACAACGCUUUCGUCAGAUAUUACGCUGCAAAUACAGUCUCCUUGCCGAGGGAGGUGGAGGAGAUAUGGGGGUGUGGAGGUGCACUGAAUGGAGGUUGUGCAUUGCAACACUACUGCUCGGUGACCCGUCUGGAUACAGAUUCGUACAGCAAUUGCGUUCAUUCGUAUGCCUAUGCUCUUUCAUCAACCUCUUCUCCAUCUAUUCAAAUCGAUCUCGUCAUUCUGUAUCAACUCCUGGCUAUCCUUCUAACUUUUCUCCAAUGUCGCGCACAGAGAGCAGUAGAGAGACACGUUUAUCUAGGAGAAUGGGAAAAAAGCCGCUGAAUUAUUC